GUGUAAAAUUGCAAUGUUUUUUGUGCAUGUGAUUUUGGUUUGUUUUAUAUUGGUGUUCUUGUUUGAAGUAAUCUUAGAAUGUUGUAAUUCACUGUUUUUUGAAGACUUGUUGGGAAAAAACUAACUGUAUUGGUGUGUGUUUGAAGUUAAAAUUUUUCAUUUAAUGGAUUGAUUGGUUUGAGAUGUUUGUUCUUUGAUCUGUCUUGCAUGAUUCUACAAGUUGAAAUUUUGUAGACUGUUAUUCAUUGUUACAAUGAAAAAUUGAUAGGUAAAUAGUAGUGGCUAGUGGUUAAUUUGUUAGGGGUAGAAGGAAUUUGUUAGUAUUAGAGGUGGAUAUAGUGCUAAUUCGCUAUACCGUAGUGGAAUUGGAACAAACCGCUAUUGUUCGAAGAUAUACUGUUGAGUACAGAGUAUUGUUAAAUAGGUUUUAGUGGUUCUAUAGCUUUGAUGUGCAGCAAGAUUUGAAUGAAUUGCUACUUUCUGCAAUCUGUGGUUGACAACACUGUCAUGUGAAAUGAUAUUUUUUUUUUUGCUUGUAUAGUUGGAUUUAGGAUCAGUGAUUUUAUUGAGAAACUUCGAUAUAAAUCUGCAGCUUUUUACUAAGAUUGAAGUUAAUCUGAACUUACUGAGACCCCCUUAUUACCUUUCUUCUUAUUUUGCUAGAUGUUAUUCCUAAUCAGAAGUGUCAUGCAACUUGUUUAAGGUGGUUUUGUUUCAUGGAAAUGGAGUAUGUUGCGUCAUUGUGGCUAAGAAUUCAUGUGCUUUAUUUUUCUAAAAAAAGAUGGGGUUCUGGCUUGUGUUAUGGACUUGGCUAGAAGGGUUUCUUCUCUUUGCAAAUGCAUUGGCAAUUUUAAACGAGGACCGGUUCCUUGCCCGAAGAGGAUGGACAUUGGCAGAAAUGACAGGACCUCAAAGGAAUACUCUUAAAGGACAAGUCAUAGGACUCAUUCACGUUUGUCAAUAUAUGAGACUUCCUCUUAUUUUUUUCAAUAUUCUCGUUAUCACUAAGAAACUGAUCGCCGGAUAACUUGGAUAGCGAGUGAACAUGUAAAUUUUAUGUUUUAUGCUCCGACUCGGCUACAGUUUACAACGCUGUGAAAACUCUACUGAGGUAUGUAUAAUUAUCAGAAUUUAUCAGUUCGGGGUUGUAUUGUAUCUGUAUUGAAAUUAUCUUCA